AUGGGUCUUUGUUUUUCAACACUCUCUCGCCUACCACCACCCUCUUCCCUCAACAUCCUUCCCUCUUCAGGUUGUAAUGAUAAGAGUAAAGUUUGGGAGAUGGGAAGUAAUGAAAGUGGAAAGCUUCUAGAAAUGUCAAACUUGAAGGUGUUUAGCUAUGGAGAUUUGAAAAUUGCAACAAAGAGUUUCAAGUCAGAUGCUUUGCUUGGGGAAGGUGGUUUUGGUAAAGUGUAUAAAGGUUGGCUAAAUGCUGAAACACUUGCUCCUGCUAAAGCUGGUUCUGGAAUGAUGGUGGCUAUCAAGAAAAUGAAACCUGAUAGUUUGCAAGGUGUUCAAGAAUGGCAGACAGAAAUCAACUUUUUAGGAAGUAUUUCUCAUCCCAACUUGGUCAAGCUAUUGGGUUAUUGUAGGGAUGAUGAUGAAUUUCUCCUUGUGUAUGAGUUUAUGCCAAGGGGAAGCUUGGAGAACCAUCUAUUUAGAAGAAAUACUAACAGAGAACCACUUUCUUGGAAGUCUCGACUCGAAAUAGCUAUUGAUGCAGCUAGAGGUUUGGCUUUCUUGCAUUCUUCAGAUAAACAAGUGAUAUAUAGAGAUUUCAAGGCUUCUAAUAUACUUCUUGAUGGGAAUUACAAUGCAAAGAUUUCAGAUUUUGGGUUGGCUAAAUUUGGACCAUCAGGGGGAGAUUCACACGUGACGACUAGGAUCAUGGGUACACAUGGUUAUGCUGCCCCAGAAUACAUUGCAACAGGUCAUUUGUAUGUGAAGAGUGAUGUUUAUGGAUUUGGUGUAGUGCUACUUGAAAUGUUGACUGGAUUGCAAGCACAUGAUUCAAAAAGACAUUCAGAGCAGCAGAAUCUGGUCGAAUGGAUUAAGCCUUUUCUCUCGAAUAAAAGAAAGUUGAAAAGUACCGUAAUGGAUUGUAGGUUAGAGGGCCAAUAUUCACCAAAGGCAGUGUUAGAAACAGCUAAGCUUAUUCUUAAAUGCCUUGAACAUGACCCUAAAAAACGCCCUUCUAUGAAAGAUGUUUUGGAAACAUUGGAAGGCAUAAAAGCUAUUAAAGAUAGAAGGAAGAUAUCCAAGAAUCACUUGCACUAA